ACAGCAAAACAUCCCACAUUAUUUCAUGACAAUGACUGUCAUUCUAACAUCAUUUUAAUAUUUUCUGUAACACUUCAGAUUUAAGCCAUUUUCUGUUGGAUUUCCACUUUAUUUUCAGUAGCGGCCAUCUUAGACCUCUUAUUAGGAUUAUACUCCCACCACCGUAAUGCUCUUUCCAGUCCUCCAUGGCAAACGGACCAGAGUAGAUAAUAUUAUAUUGUUAUUCAGACUGUGAGAUCGGACGGAUCGUUCUUGAUUAUUCGGACUAAAAAUAUAUCAGUGUUGUUUAUCUGCUUACAUCUUUAUUUUAUUUGCUUAUGUCAUUAAGUUUUCCUUAUAGUGAGAUCCAGUUUGAACCAGCUUACAGUAUUAUCAAUUUCUUACUCUCAAUCACUUAAAUUUAAAUUAUACGAUCUUCCGUAAGAUCAUCGAUCUUUCAUACCCAGCCAGAAAUAAUAAUAAAAUCAAUGUCGAAAUCAUCAAAUCGAAUCGACAUCAAUUCAAUAUCGUACUCAUUGAAUCGAUGUCGAUUCUAUUAUCAUUUCUAAUCAAAAAUUUGUCGAUAAUGUGACGAGAUCGCAACUAAAAAGUGCAUUGUCGUAAAAAAUGCCGUCGCUCAACAUUUUUUGCUUUGAAUUUGAUCGGCCGGGUACUGUUUACACACCCGGUGAAAUCAUCAGCGGUCACGUUAUUAUCGAUCUGGAAAGGGAAAAAAUUGCAGAAGCACUAAAAUUAUCGAUUAAAGGAGAAGCUAACGUCAGAUGGGAAGAGAGUACGAGUAUGACAAAUAGUAAUGAAAAUUCUACAUCUUCCACUAUUACUUAUUGGGGAAAUGAAAAGUAUUUUAAAUUCACUAUCUUGCUGUUAGAAACAACGAAAGGCGAUGGAAAAGUACAUAUUCCUGCAGGGUUGAGUAGGUAUCCUUUUUGUAUCCAAUUACCUCACGAAAUACCAUGCAGCUUCGAACAUCGUAUUGGUCAUAUUAGAUACAAGAUAAAAGCAGUUAUUGUUAGACCAUGGCAAUUCAAUUACAAAUGUGAAGUUAUGCUCACCAUCUUUCGGACUUACGAAUUAAAUAUUCGUUAUGAACAAUGUAUCGGCGUACACGAUGAAAUAAAGCGACCUUUCACUUAUCUCUGCUGCAUCGACAGAGGUUUGAUACACAUGAAUGUUAAUUUGUCAAAAACAGGAUUUGUUCCAGGACAAUGGAUCGAAACAAUUCUUAAUUUAAGGAAUACUACCAUUGAAUUGCAAAAAAUCUGCAUUAAAUUACAACAAUCUUUUAAAUUUUGUGCAACUGCGAGGGAAAAGCACGUUAAGGAAACUGUGGCAAAAGUACAAAAAAUAGGACCAUUCGAUAAAUAUGCUAUUAUCGAGUUACGUUUACUUAUUCCAUCGGUACCACCUUCGGAACUGGAAUUCUGUAAUAUAAUUCAUUUAAAUUAUAUUCUGCGAAUCACUCUCCACAAUUCAAAAAUGUUUCGCAAGAUUGUCAGAGAAUAUCCGAUUUUAAUUGGAACAAUACCACCGUAACCUGAUCCAUCAAUCCCUACAGCUUCGUUUUUUUUAUGUAUAUCCAAAUCUACAUCAAAAACCGAAGACAGGACUUUGAGAUUUAACCAAAUGUACAUUGUACCAAAUGUACACCUUUUUGAAGUUUAUUAUCAAUACAAAAAUUUCUGGAUAAUACAUAAAAUA